GACAAACAUUUCACUGAAUCAGUACAAGUACCUGCUUCAUGCAGCUGUGGUUUCAAAUUUAAGAAUACAAUUGAACGGUUGUGUCUCAUCUACAAACCACACACAUAUGGUCCCAGGUUAAAUCAAAUUGCAAGCCACUGUCCUGUGAACAAAGUGCAGGAACCUGCCUUUCAAACAAUGGUGGUUUAGGCUGUGUGAUCACUCAUAAUAAAAACCAUUACCCAAAUGGUGCCUGACCCAGUAGUCUCAGUGCCACAUGUUUGGAGAUCUGUUCCUCCUCCUCCUCCUGGUCUACUCUGCCUUUCUUACUGUCUUUUCUUCACAAAGUCUGGAAAAACGGUGAGAGGAGAAAAACAUACCCAUGACUGAGAUUCUGUCGCUCCCCUCCUCUCUGCAUGAGAGAGAGUGAAGGAGGCAACAGCACACACAGCACAGCGGUUGGCAGCCUGCAGUACUUCCUCAUCCUGACUUGCUGUAUUGAGGCAGACAGCCGUUGCUCCUGACCUGUCGUUUUCGCCCUCAGACUCUCUCCGUGAAACUCAGAAAAGGGCAAAUAUUUUUGGUCAGUUGUACUUCAGGGCACUCAGGCAGAGCUGGGACAGCAUCCAGUACAGAACACCUCAUGAACUGAACAAGAACAACCAGCAUUUGAGGUCAGAGAAUGGUCAGGACUGGGUAGCCUGGAUUUCCCUCCAUAAUCUGAGGCAGUUUGUGGUUGUGGCAAACUGAACUGGCCAAGUUACAUAUUCAAGCAAUGGAUGUGUACAUGCAAGGUGCAGUUAGCUGACACACAGCCAUGCUGAAAGCGGGCGCCACCAAGGUGGGGCUGCCCAAGCCAGGACUCCAGGAGAGAGGCAAGCAAGCUUCCUCGGUCCCCCCCUCUUCCUCCACCACCUCUACAGCCAUGAAGACCUCCAGAUCCUCCAACAUGCUUUCCUCAGACCAGCGCCUCAGCAGACUGAAAAGAGCCAGCAGUGAUGAUGCCUUGACAAAGCCUGCGCUGGGAGCCGCUGCCUCUGGCUCCCGGAUGAAGAAGACUGUGACCACAGGAGCCAUCUCAGAUCUCGCUGAGGCCCGUCCUCGCAGCCUGUCUGGUGUUCAAGCAGCCAAGAAGUCCGGUAUUCCAGCCCCCAGAGAAAUCCCAUCAACCAUAACAAGAGACCGCAUCUCUCUGAGGGACCAGCUGAGGAGCUCUUCCACUAAGAGGAUGGUUUCCAGUGCCAGCACGUCCAGCCUCUCCACCCUGGCAAAGCAGACACGCAGUUCAACCAAGUCCCGCGGAGAUGCAGAGGUCCAAGAAAAAGGCCUUCUGGAGUGCCAGGUGAAAGAGCUGCUGGCUGAGGCCAAAGCUAAAGACUUAGAGAUCAGCAAUCUCAGGAUGGAGUUGCAGCGCUGUAAAGGUAAGGCCUCCACUGCUUCCUCCUCACCCUCACCCAAUUCUGUCUCCCGCCAAGAGCCUGCUGUAGAUCGGGAGCAGGGACAGAUGACUGAGGCCCUUGUGCUGGUUGGGGAGCUGAGAGAGAAGAACGGGAAGUUUCAAAGAGAGCUGGCUGCGCUCAGGGAGGAGAACCAGCUGCUGAAGGAGAAGCUGCUUUGCUUAGAAGCUUCUCCGCUUUCUAGUGCAAACACAAAUUCCCCCUCUAAGCCUUUGGUGAAUGGACUGCCCUCAGACUCCUCAGGUCCACAACAAGACAGUCUCCCUUCUACUGCCAGCCCACUUAAAACCUCUGUCUCUUCCGGGUCUGACAUCACCAAGGACUCACCAUCUCCAGACUCUUCAGAGUUUGAGAAGAUCCCAUCAUGCUCCGAAUCCGUGAGCAGUGGUGCCAGUGGUGAGGUUGUUGCAGCAGGGGCAGUAACCAAUGCACAGGGGCAGGAUGUGUCAGUACAGAGCCUAACAGAACAGAUUCACAAAAUGGAGGAGAGCCACCACAGCACAGCAGAGGAGCUGCAGGCAACUCUGCAGGAGCUGGCUGACCAGCAGCAAGUGGUGCAGGAGUUGACGGCUGAGAACGAGCGCCUGGCUGAGGAGAAGCGCCUCCUGCAAACCUCACUUCAACAGCAGAGAGAACGUCUGGAGGUGCUGGCCCAGAAGAAUGAGGCGCUGGCUGUCCGACUUCAGGAGCAAGCCCAAACUCAGGCCCAGAGGGAGGAAGAGCUGGGUAGCCAAGGGCCUCGGCUGGCCGAGCUGGAGCAGAGGUAUGCGGAGCUGGUGGAGAGCUCACGCUUUGAACGGGAGAAGCUGGUGGACAUCCAGCAACAGCUGACAGGCAGCCUGCGGGCUCUGGAGGAGGAGCACCAGGAGGCCCAGGGCCAGGUGUGCUUCCUCAGAGAGGAGAUGGACAGGCUGCGGGCUCAGCUGGACAAGGAGCUGGAAGUCAGAGGUCAGGCAGCACAAGCUGCAGAGGAGCAGAAGGCGACAGCAGACUGUCUCAGACUGGAAAACAGUAGACUGAAGGCGCAGGUUGACAUUGAGAGACAAAAGGUGGGUGAGCUGAAGGCCAUGCAAAGCGCCAGUGACAGCACAGAGCUGCAGAGCCUGCUGAAGACGGCCCACACUGAGAGAGACAGGCUGGAAGUGGAGCUGACAGAGCUGAGGCAGGAGCUGCUACAGGCCCAGGCUGAGACUGAGCAUGUGCAAGCCGCAAUGGCCAAGGUGGAGGCCAAAUGCCAGCAGGUUCAGGAGUGGGCUGAGAGGAGGGAGCAGGAGCUCAGCAGUCAGGUUACUUCCCUGGAGGAAACUGGGAUCCAGGCUGAGAACCAGGUGAAGGAGCUGAAGGAGACCAUCUUUGAACUGGAGGACCAGGUGGAGCAACAGAGAGCUGUCAACUGUCACACCAACCAAGCUGUCCUGGACAUGGAGAAUCUUGUUAAAAAGCUGGAGGAGCAGAAAGUUGAAGCAGAGCGACAACUGAAAGUCUUAAGUAGACAGAUGAAGGAUGAAAAAGAGGAGUGGCGACGGUUCCAGGCGGACCUCCAGACUGCAGUGGUGGUGGCCAAUGACAUCAAAGUGGAGGCUCAGCAGGAGCUGCGUGCACUCAGGAGGCAGCUGCAGGAAGAGCAGGAUCGCAGUGCAAAGCUUUCUGCAGAUCUAGAGGCCCUGCAGGGAGUCAGGUCCCAAGGUGAUGAGGUGAGAGUGUCCGACACCGAUAACAGCCGUCACUGGUGUGGCAUCUCCAUGAUCCCGACCACACCCACGGACGCCGGUGGAGAUGCCGACUUAGAGCCCGGAGCUACUGUCAAAUCCCUCAUAAAGUCCUUUGAUACUGUUGGACAGAAUGGACCAGGUCACACAGUUCAAAUGCAUUCCUCACCAAGAAGCCCGCUGAGUGGGAUUCCUGUACGUACCCCGCCUGCUGCUGCUGUCUCCCCUAUUCAGAGACACUCGUACAUAAAGCCACUGUCAAAGACUUUGGAAAAAAGAAUCAAUCAGGGAGAAUUCGCUCAUCCUCAUGAUAAGUUGUCCAGCUGCGGGGAAGACCUAAAACCUAAUAGUCUUAUGAGGAAGAGCCCCUCACUGGAGUCUGUAAUUAAGACCCCCGUGUCCCUCAGCAGCCGCACAGGAUCCUUCAGCUACAACCGAGGCAACAGCAAACUCAGUGUGGAAAGAAAGGACCCCUUGGCUGCACUGGCGCGGGAGUAUGGAGGAUCUAAGAGAAACGCUCUACUGAAGUGGUGCCAGAAGAAAACAGAAGGCUAUCCGAACAUUGAUGUGACCAACUUCAGCAGCAGUUGGAGUGACGGCCUGGCUUUCUGCGCCCUCUUGCACACGUAUUUGCCUGCCCAUAUCCCUUACCAGGAACUCAUCAGUCAAGAUAAGGUCCGGAAUCUGACCCUGGCUUUCCAGGCCGCCGAGAGCAUUGGCAUCAAACCCUCCCUGGACAUAGAGGAGCUGAUGAAGACCGACAGACCGGACUGGCAGAGCGUCAUGCAGUACGUCUCUCAGAUCUACAAGUACUUUGAGACCUGACCGGUGAGGAGGAGGAGGAGGAGGAGGAGCUGAGGACUGAUGAAGACCGGAGGCACUGCGGCACUUUUCUGCCCUGUCUGUCAGCACUACCCUCACCUUCCAGACAGACCCAGCCCUGCCACUUUAAUCCUUCUCCUGUUCAACCAGAGACAUGACAGAGGACUGUUCUGCUGCUGAGAAACUUAGCUGUUACAUGAACUCGCUGUUUUCUGUCGUAACUCCUGAUGGUCAGUGCUGAAAACCCAAAUUCAACAACAGUGCAGCCAGGAAACACAUCCCCCUGUUCUUUAUAUAAGGUUUAAAGUAUCAGUGAAGCAUCUGAUUCACAGACAAACAGAUUAUGGUACAAAAUACUGUUCAGACUUUGUAGCAGUUGACAGUACAACUGAUAUUGAUUUAGAUUUUUUUUGGGUCACAAACUGGCUGUCAGUGGAAAAAAAUCGACAUUUUUCACACCUUAUUUUCCAGUAAAACUCAGUCUUUGUGUCACCCUGUGCUGCCAACACUUCUUAUUUGUGAAUCAGACGCUCUGUGGAAAUGGUCUGACCUCUGUGCCAAAUCUUCUGCCAAAUCACAACUUAUACAAGACUAUCUAUGCAUGGUUUGAGUGUAGUGAUCUGUCUCAGUGCGAUGUCCCCUCUCACUGAACCCAACUUUGGGUAAAUAUGGGUCCUGUUUGCUGUAGUGAGUGGAUGCUGAGUGCUUAUUGUAAACUAGCUGGAGUUGUACUUUGCAGAGCAGAGAGUAUUUUGAACAGGUUUGAGUUGAACUGAAGCCUUUCUAUUUUCCACUUUAAUUGUGUUUGUCCUUUAAAAACAGAGAUCAGACAAACCUUAGCUGCCAUCUGUGAUGCCACACUAAAAUAAUUUAACACUACGAGAGUUGCAGAAUAGUUUUGUAGAAUAUUUUUAUGACAACAGACUGAUCUCUAUGUUUGUGUUGUUUACAGCAGUAAGGAUUGACUCAAUCAGACCAUGGUACCGUGCCCUCCUGUGUCGUUCCUCCCGUCGUUUUCCAUCAAGACUCUCACAACAACUAUGGUACUGCAGCUGCUUUGCAAAAAUAUAUAUCUAUAUUUCGCAUGCCAUGUUAAAUAAUGAAGGAGAGGAUUACUUUUACAUGUAAGAGUGGAGGCACAACAUGUUCCCUGUGGUAUGGUUUAGACAAGCCUCCAUUUGCAGAUGCCCUUAUGUUUUGGAAGAUAAAAGUGUUAUUUAUUUAUUUACGAGACAUGCAUCCUGAAAAGAGAAACUGUGGACAGAUAGACAGUUUUCUAUUUACUGAUCUCAGAUUUGGAGGCCUAUUGGAUGAAUAUUGCUCAAUAAAGGAUUGUCAAGUUUUA